CUCCGCUCUUUCCCCAUCCCCCACCUUCCACCCUCCAAUCCCUCCCCGCCUCAUCAGACCGAGUCGGAUCUCUCUACGCGACGCCCCGACCCUGAUUGCAUCCUCUCCAUCGAGAUCUCAACCAAAGCACAUCGAUGGACCUGCUGGGGCGAGCGCGGAGGUACCAUGACUACAUCCGAGCGCUCAAAGAGGAGCGCAAGAAGAUCGAGGUCUUCCAGAGAGAGCUGCCUCUUUGCCUUCAACUCGUUACGCAGGCGAUCGAGAGCGUGAGACAUCGUGCGGGUGAGGAAGAGGGGGUGUAUGAAGGGCCGGUCUUGGAAGAGUUCAUCCCUCUGAAGCCGAGUCCCACUUCGACGUUGUCGGAGGAGGAGAAGGGUGAGACUAGGAAGAGCGCCGCGGCGAUCGGGUGGGAUAGGAAGCCGGAGUGGCUUAGAUCCGUCCAGCUCUGGAAUCAGGAGCCGGACACAGACCUUAAAGUGGAGCCACCGAAGAAGCCGAUAGCGGUGAGCUUGAAGAAGAUCGGCGGCGCAUUCCAGCCAUUCGACAGGGAAAAGCAUGUCGCGCCACCAGCGGUCGUGGCAGUAGCACCACCCGCGAGCUCCACUGCCGGUGGUGGUGAUGGGAAGGGUGGAGGUGGAGGAUGUGCUGACGUUGAUGGCAGCCGCAGCGGCGGACGAGACAAGGAGAAGGAAGGGCAGUCCCAGCUCCAUCGCAAGGCGAGACGCUGUUGGUCGCCGGAGCUCCACCGCCGGUUCCUGCACGCCCUUCAGCAGCUCGGUGGCUCCCACGUUGCAACUCCGAAGCAGAUCAGGGAGCUGAUGAAGGUGGACGGGCUCACCAACGACGAGGUCAAGAGCCAUCUGCAGAAAUAUCGGCUGCACACCCGACGGCCGACCCCAACGGUACAGAGCAGCAGCAGCAGCAGCAGCAGCAGCAGCCCCCCGGCCACCCAGUUUGUGUUGGUCGGCGGAAUUCUGGUUUCGCCGCCAGAUUACGCAGCAGCAUCACCUGGGAAUGGUGCUUAUGCUCCUCCGGAUAGCAUCUACGCCCCAUUAGCAUCGGUUCCAUCGGACUCGAAGCUUCGAAACCAGCAGCUUCAUCAGCAGUCGCAAAGAUCCAUCGCGAGGCCUUCGGACACAGAAGACAGAUCCGGCGGUGAAGAUGACAACAGCAUGCGGGAUGAUGGCGAUGCCACCAACUCUGCGUCCCCUACGACCUCUGCAACUUCUCAAACCACCACAGCCUCGCCUCUCUUCUGACUUCACCACGAUUUUGACUGCAUCCUUUGUCUCGGUCUCUUUGUAAGGAGAGCUUUACGACAGUUGUACACAUGAUCAAGAUUUAGUAUCGCCGGUGAGUUGUAAGUGACCAUAUUGAGUUCAUGCAAUUAUCCUGAGCUUUGCCAA